AUGAUCAUUCAAGUUCGAUCAUCAUCUAGGUUACCUUAUUUAAAUCAUGAAAUUAUGAGUGAAAAUAUUGAUGACAAUGAUUCAUACACCUUUGAAUUUACACGAAUUAUUACCAAAAUUGAGGAUGAAAUUGAGGUUGAUGAUCCGAUGGAUGAUGAUACUGAAAAUGAAUUUGAAGAUGAGUUUGAAGGUGAAACUGAUGAAGAAGCUAAAAAUGAAAUGACAAAUCUAGAUAUGAUCGUAAAAAAUACAAACUACUAUUCUGUAGCAAAAUUGGCAGCACUCAACUUGGUUAUAACAUAUAAAGAUUUUAGAAUAGAUUUGGUAUGGAGUUUAGUAGAAGAAUCAUUAGAAAUGAACCAAAAAUUACAUACACGAAAAAAAAGUGCAAUGAUUCAAUCAGAAUUGAAAAAUCAAAGUUUAGAAAAAAGGCCAUUUUAUGUAACAAAAAACUUUGAUUUACCCAUUGAACGAUUACAUCCACAAAGCCAUUAUGCAGUGUAUCAUGAAGAUAGAGAGUCUUGUGUUUGGUGUCAGUUUCAAUAUAUGACCGAGCAUGGAAAACAUAAUAAUAAUUCACCACGAA